GACCACUGUGGCAAUCCGGGCACGAACCGCGGGAUUCGGCGGGUGAUGGCGCACACGCGUGGAGCUGCUGCAAUUCUCAGUACAACUUUAACUCUUACAGCCCAUAUCUAUCCAAAUGCUCUCCCGCGCUGCUGCUGCAGCCGCGUCGCUUGGUCUCUUUCAACGAUUGGGUGCGACCACGGUGAAUAGCCUUGCAUCAACCUCAUAUUCUACUAGCGCUGAUACCGUCAAUGGUCAACAACAUGUUUCGGAGGAGCGCCGUCGCGGGAUUGCCAACAAGCUCCUGUACCGGAGUAAGCAGCGCGGCUUCCUGGAGCUCGACCUGCUGAUGGGGCUGUGGGCCGAGGCGAACAUCCCGAAGAUGACGAUGGCGGAGCUGAACCAGAUGGCCUUUGUGCUGGACGAGGAGAACCCUGACCUCUUCAAGUGGCUCACAGGGCAGCUGCAGGCGCCGGAGCACAUGCAGAAGAACCCGGUGUUCGUGGCCAUCCAAAGCCACGUGGCGCAGCAGCUGCAGGACUCAGCGCCUCCACAGACCCGCGCACCAGCGGGGCGGGACUGGGUGCGCGGCUGGGACGACGGCUGGAGGGGCCAGCAGCAGAAGCCGCCCGCGGAGCCUCUACCCAAAGCAUCGUAACAUGCCACCUAGAUAUCAUGGAGGGAGCAGUCCAGGCCUCUUGGCAAGGCUGAGAACUGCAACAACGGGUUCGCGGCGUCCGCGGGGCUGUGGCGCGCGCGUGGUUGUUAUCACUGAUGGUGCACAUGUUGUGAGGUGGUUUGCAGUUGUACGCUGCCGGGUGUCCGAUACGGAUGAAGCAUGAAGACUGGUUACUGAGGUGUGGCUUGCGUGACAGAUGUGAUGGUGUGGCGGGCGUCAAGCUUGGGCGAUGGGGUAUCUGGCAGUGUCGGGAUGAGCCGAUGAGGGAUGUUCGGGGCAAGGGACUUCGUCACACCUUCAAGGUGCCUGGUCGGGGAAUGAUAUCGAUAGGUCAGCACCUAAAGGACACGUGAGGGCCAUAUAAAGGUGGACGACGCGAGGGCAGUGUUGAGCCCGAAAGCAGGGGCGUACAGGGGUGCAAGUCCCACAGGAUGGUAGGAGGCCGGAUCCACCGCACGCGCUCCACGACUCAUCUAAAACUGGCCGUGCCUGGCCUCUACGUUGUUAAUUUUGACGCUACAACUA